CUCAAAUAUUCAACACACACAUGCACACACACUCAAAAGAGGAACAGUCGGGUAGCGACUCAGAAAUCAUGUGACUGAUGACUAAGUUAAAUCUUUUCUGCUUAUUAAAAGGGAAGAGUCUGAUGAUUAGUUACUGAUUCUCCUUACAUUUUUAACAUUUUGGAGAUAUCGAAGCAUGUUUCCAUUUAUGCUGUUUUCCACCUUGUUUUCUUCCAUAUUUACUGAACCUAGGGAGAAAAUGUGGAUCUGCAAUUCCUCUGAUGCAAGUCUUUGGUACAACUACUGUGAUGACCUGAAAUUCCCUAUUUCAGUAAAGGUCGAGCCCUGUGUAACAAUUAAGGGAACCAAGGGGAAAUUGCAUCUUUACUACAUUGCACGAAGAGACAUACAAAAAUUAUACCUCAACCUCCAUAUAUCUAUUAAGUCCAUGACUUUACCAGUGCGCAAAGAAGUUAUUUGCCGAGAAUAUGGUGGUGAUUAUUCUUUUUGCGGAGCUCUGAAGGGAGAGACUGUGAAUACACUUUUUUUUUUUUUUUUUCAACGCGGGAUCCGAGCCGCGUCUGGACAAUACCAUUGUGUUGUAGAAGCCAUCUCUGGGAAUAGUGAAGAAAUGCUGUUUUGCCUGAACUUCACCAUCAUACAUUACUCCAGUUUAAAUUAGAAUAAAUCAAGUAUAUGUUUUUAUUUUUCAAA